AUGGACUGUCCCGUCGCGAGGGAGCGGAGGGAGGCGGCGCCAGUGAGCUCGGUGCUUAAUGUGUACCUUAUCAUAUACCUUACAUCUUUGUUUACGACAGAGCUAAGACCCGCAAGCGCGGCGCUGUCGCGGGAGCGCAGAACGUCGCCCCGAUUGCAUGCCUUCCUGACACCACACUGCCACACUGCCACACCGCACUUUCGUCACCGCUGCCCCCCCUCCCCCCCCUCCCUUCUUUUUGAUUACCUUAUCCCCACCGCCCCUCAUUCCACGCCACCCUCCUCCUACCCCAUCGCGCGUCGCGUAUCACCAUGGGAGGCAAACAGAGUUCCGAAGCCGGCGCCGCCGAGCCCAAGGUCGAUCUCGCCGAGAUCCUCAAGGAGAACACCUACUAUCCUGAGAAGGCCGCCAACCACCGGCGAGGAGACCGACAUUGCCAAGGCCGCGCUCGCCGCGAAGAAGGCCAUCGAGGACGACAACCCCGACGAUGAGGACCUCGCCAACCAGCUCAAGAUCCUCGCGGACGACUCGAGGAACGACUCCGAUUCGGACGACGACGAGGACUGCGACGCCAAGGUCCGCCGCCUCAAGGAGGAGGCCGUCGUCCAGAAAACAGGCUUCUUCGGCGCCAUGUCCAACGUCGCUAAGAUCAUCCUCAACCCGUUUCAGCACUUUGCCUUCGGCCGCUUCAUGGCCCGCGGCCAGCGCACUGGUAAGGUCAUGGAGAAGGUCUUGGGCAAGCUCAUGGUCGCCAACGGCGACGUCAAGACCAAGGUCUGCCUCAUGGCCAACUCGCUCGGCGCCCACGUCCUGGCGAGCAUCCUCAACAAGCCGCAGACUCUGCCGCACAAGAUCCACACCGUCUUCUUCGUGCAAGGCGCCAUCACGCGCGAAGUGUUCGCGGACACGAAGAAGUUUUGCGCCAUUACCAAUAACGUCGCCGGCCCCAUCAUAUGCACGCAUAGCGAGAGGGAUCUCAUGCUCAAGAACGUGUUCGGCAUGUUCUUUGGUUCGGCUAUCGGCCUGAGCGGCGUGGAGCGCGGCCAUUCUAUCCUCAUGAAGGGCUUGCGACAGGCCGGGGAGGAGCCGUACAGAUUCGCGUGCGGCGAGUGGACGAGCGUUAACGGGACUCAGUUUAUCGAUGAAGGUAACGCGAUCGCUGGCGGACAUGGAGACUUCAAGGAAGACGAAACCACGAGCUGCUACUGGGCUGCGAUCUGCACUGAAGUCGAAGAUUCUUGUUACGAUAUAUUGUUGGCGUGCGUGGGUGUGUGUGGUCUAUUGCAGAACCCCAGGAUGGAAGCAGUAAAAAGCGUCUGGAUGCAAACAGCAUGCGAUGAACAAGGGAACAGGUUUGGGUAUUUUGACUGGAAACAGGGAGACACUUCGAUGGAACCGCAGCUCACGACAGGUCAAAAACGGUUAACUUGGGACACUCUUCUCCCAGCCAUUGCAGCGACUCACAGCCAUCGUAAGAACACAACUGAUGAUUUCACAUACCGCAGUUUCUGCAGGAUAGGCCCGCAGCACCGGCGUAACCCUUUUGCGUUUCCUCGUCGUCCCAACGUCUGCUUUCCCGACCCGUUGAGCUCGGGCAUUUGCGUUCAAACCUGCUCAAGACGCAGCACCCUAGCUUGCCGGUCAACUUCGCGCUGCCGCUUGGCCUCCUCUCGCGCUUCAUUCUUUUCGUGA